GCCGAGUUCAUAAUAAAUUAAGCUAUGUACACUUGUAACCUUACAUGACAAUGUUGAGAUUAUAUAUAACGUUUUUGGUGUUGGGUAAAUCUAACUCAGGCUUACUCCCUAGUGUCCCUACGCCAACGUCAACUUCUGUCAUAAACACAUCAACUAGUGAAUUUUUAGGUGACACCAGGCGAAUCAUCCGAGGACAUGAAAUUUAUGACACCAGGCCGUAUAUGGUGUACUUGCGGCCAACACAAUCUCACAGCGACAUGGUGGAUCGCUUUUGGCUAUGCGGCGGCGUAAUCGUCCACGAAAGCUAUAUCCUCACCUCCGCGGCGUGUAUUGAAGACAUCAAGUUCUUUUGGGUGGUCUCCGGGACGCACAAGUGGUAUCCGGAAUCCAAGUCAAGUAAAUGUAUCGAAAACGGUGCUUUACGAGCGGUUUGGAAAUGUGUUCACAAGACAUACCGAUUCGACGGCAAUGUCUUCAACAACAUACGAUGGAUGGUGAACGACAUAGCGGUUGUCAUGACUGAAGCCCCGUUUUCGUUCACCAGGAGAGUGAAGGGCUGUGACUUCAUUCCAAACAAGAUACAAUAUAACAAUAUUUCUAAAGACUUUGAAAAUCCUGGAACCUCAGGAUUUAUCGCUGGAUGGGGUUCCAAAGAUCGGUUUACUGACGCUACCGACGUGAUCGCCCAAAAAAGCGUUAACUCGCAUAUAUUGAUGGAAGUGGAGACUCUUAUAAUCACCAAGGAAAACUGCAAAAACCGAUGGUUGAAUCGCUACCACGCUAUCAUCGAUGAUUACAUGUUCUGCGGGAAGCAGGCAGCAAGCAGCAAAAUGACCCCUACUUGUGUUGAAGAUCACAUAGCCUGCAGACAACUCCUGUAUUCUGAGGAGGAUGGACCAAGAAUCAGGAGGUUUGACGGGGACCUUUACGAGUUGAUUCGGAACUCGGCUGCUGAGAUGAGAAAGAGAAAGAAGGCUAGAAGGAAAACGAGACGGACCGAGGACGAUACGCGGACGCAUUUUGGAGGCUUUUGCGAGAAUGACCAUGGAGGUCCGUUUGUGACUGGGCGAGGACAAUCUUCCAUGGUUAUUGGCAUUAUGUCGUCGUACAAGGUUGAAAACAACUCAAAACGCUGCCACGGACCUUUCCUUUAUACCAGCGUUUUCAAUAAUAGACAUCUUAUUCAUUGUGCGAUCUAUAAAGAAGAUGCAGACGACUGUACGUCUGUGUUAAGAGACGAUUCCAGUGUAUUAGAAGAAGAAACAUUUGAUUGGGGGAACGCAUCAUUCAGCAGAUCUAAAACGAUAUAUGAGGGAGAUGAAGAAGAAGAAAAACGCAGUCACGAGGACCCAUCAGAGGAGGGCACUCCACAAGAAACCUUGCCGCAUGAUAGCACAUAGCCCGAAUAGCAAUGAUCGUUUUAGUGACAGUAGUAAUUAAUGUACAAUUUAUAGCGAAUUAUAAUGAAGAUCUAGAAAAAAGAGUAAUUUGUUUUAGGGUCCCCCCACAUCUAGCGUCUCGCGAGCGUAGCGUCGG